AUGCAAGGGCACUUCAAUCCCCAUCACCACCACCAAAUCCAGCAGCAACUAGCUUCUCUCCUCUCCGCCGCCCUCGCCCAAUCCACCACCUCCUCCGUCGCCGGCGCAGAAGGGAACAACAAAAACCCUAGCAAUAACAACGGCGCAGUUACUAACGAGAGCUCUCGCGUCAGCGCUCUCGAAUCGCUUCGAAGAACGAUUGUUGGACUCUACCCUAUAAAUUCUCUGGUUCUUUCUCACUCCGCCUCUUUUCUCUCUCACGGACUCUUUCAGCUUCUCUCCGACAAAUCUUAUGCUGUGAGGCGAGCAGCUGCAGUUGCCUAUGGAUGCCUGUGUGCUGUCUUGGCUUCCACCUCAUUUGCGUCAAAUGGGUUACAAAAUCAUGUUCUGAUCACUGGGCUUGUUGACCGAUUCAUUUCUUGGGCCUUACCUCUGCUCGGUGACAUUGGCGCUAGGAAUCGCUUGACAGAAAUUGCUCUUGAAAGCCUCCACGAGUUCCUUAAUGUGGGAGAUGCAAGCAGUGUAGAGAGAUAUGUGCCCUCUAUCCUCACAGCAUGCCAAGAGGUUAUUGAGGAUGAGAGAACCUCACUGAGAUUGCUCCAACAGCUUCUGGUUCUGUUGAAUUUGAUCUCAGUUAAGUUUGAAAGUUGCCUCCAGCCUCACUUUGUGGACAUUGUGGAUGUGCUUCUUGGAUGGGCAUUCAUGCCGGAGCUCUCUGUAGCGGAUAGAUGUGUCAUAACAAACAGUUUUUUGCAGUUCCAAAAGCAGUGGGUGAGCAAUUUACAUUUCUCAAUGGGAUUGCUCUCUAAAUUUUUAGGGGACAUGGAAACUCUUAUUCAGGACACAAGUCUUCAUGUAAACCAGCAAUUUGGGAGAUUAUUUGCUCUUUUCUCUUGUUUCUCAACAGUUCUUAAGGUCACAGCUUCUGGCAUUCUGGAAAUGAAUCUGCUUGAACAGAUCAGUGAUCCUAUUGAGAAUAUAGCUUCUCGGUUUUUGAGAUUUGUGUCGUCUUUCGGGAGUAAGUUUGGUUGGUCAAACUGGAUAGGAGAAUCCUGGAAUUGCUUCAUUCUUCUGGCUGAGAUAUUACAAGAGAAGUUCUCCCAUCAUUAUCCAAUGGUCAUCAGUAUCUUGUUUGAAAGCAUGAGGACAGUUUCUUCCUCACAGGUGCUUGGACUGUUGAAGACUAAUACGCAACUUUUGUCCCUUCAGAAGAUGGCAGUCCUGUCUUCAUCGGUUCAGACCUUACUACAGUUUGAUUCCCCUUUGUCUCAGCUGCGUCUGCACAUGAAUCAUCUUGUCGUUGCCAGUACUGUUUCCGUUUACCUUUUCUUUCUUCGACAUGCUUGUGAUAAAGUUGUUUCUCAGGCUGUUAUGUCCUUGUUGGAAGAAGUAGAAUCUUUAAAAGGUAUGCUGGGAGAAAGAAGGUAUUGCAACCCCAACCAUGAUGGAGUUGAGGUGGAAAGUAAAUUAGAUGGGCAAUUACUUCCUGACUCAAUUUCCUGCAAAUACUAUUCUGAAAAUGAUUUGAUUUCCUUGAUUAAAUUUGAUUUGAAAUUGUUAUUAUGUUCUGUUUCUGUUCGUUCUUCUGAAAGUAGUUUCGAUGAUAACGCUAUUUGUGAGAGAUUGACAACACUUUCAUCAUUCAUGCUUGAAACGCUGAACCCUUUUAAGCAACCCAUCCAAGGAUUCCUGGAGUUGCAAGUCCAUGUUGUUAGCGAAAUGCACAAGCUUAGUGAGGUUGAAUUCUUGGCAAAGCUCACUAGCUUAAGAAAAUCUUCAAAGAGUACUUCUGGUAUUUUAGACAGUGAAAAUCAGAGGUGCAUUGAGAUAAAAGAGGGUGAAUUUGUUCUUGUUGUUGAAUAUUUGAGGAAAUACAGCAGUUGCUUGAUCAGAGCUUUUGAUGGUCCUUCACCUCUUGGAGUUAAACUGGAAGCGCUGUACUGGAUUCGCACCUUUGGCAGGAUGGUGUCAGAUAUGAACCAGGACAAAGAUUUGGUUGAGUCGUCUUGCAGUUCAUCCAGGAAUGUGACUGUUUGUAGUGAUUUACUCUUUUUAGUUUUGGAUGCAGCGUAUGAUAGGGAAUUAAACUUACGGUCUCUUGUUGCAUCCGUCUUGGAGGUACUUUUGGAAGCAAUGCUUAUUAAUGCUGGAGAUCUUUGCUAUGUCUCAGUAGUUGCUCUUGAUAAACUUGGUGAUCCAGAUGUCCCCAUAAGAAAUUUAUACUUAAGGGUAUUUUCUAUCGUCCUACCUCUUACAAUGUAUACUUGUGGUUUUCAUGAUGGUGGUGACUUGAACAAACUGGGAGCUGCAACGGAAGGCAAUAGAUGCUACAUAAAUUGGAAGAAAGUCCUGGCCUUGAACCAGCUUCCUUGCAGACUUCACUCUCAGCAACUUGUUUCAAUUCUGAGUUACAUCUCCCAAAGGUGGAAGGUGCCGCUAUCUUCUUGGAUACAGCGAUUAGUCUUCAGUUGCCGGGGAAAAAGGGAAUUGACUCCUAGUCCACAUGAAGUAGUUUUAGAUCAUGAUGGUGAUGGUUUGCAGAAGGAUGCAGCAGUGGUAGGAGAGAUGUUGGAGAAAAUGUGCCCAGUUAGCAAUCUGGCUGCCAUUUGGUGGUCCAUACAUGAAGCUGCUAGAUACUGCAUCAACCUUCGUCUCCGAACCAAUCUUGGGGGUCCUACACAGACUUUUGCAGCUUUUGAGCGCAUGCUUUUGGACAUUCCACAUGUGCUACUCCAUGACGCUGAGCAGACCGAAGGCAAGUAUAUGGGGUCAUAUAAUUAUCACUUACUGCCAAUGCGGUUACUGCUGGAACUUGUUGAAGCUUUAAAGAAAAAUGUGUAUAAUGCUUAUGAAGGGUCUUGUGUUUUACCUUGUUCACCUCGGCAGAGUUCCUUGUUUUUCAGGGCAAACAGGAAAGUUUGUGAGGAAUGGUUUUCUCGUAUAUGUGAACCUAUGAUGAAUGCUGGAUUAGCUCUGCACUGCCAUGAUGCAACCCUUCAUUACUGUACAUUGCGACUGCAAGAUCUCAGAAAUCUUGCAGCUUCAGCUUUGAAGGAGAAAACCCGUGGAGCACAAGAUAGUAUCCAAAACCUUAGACCCAAAUUAGCAGCAGAUGUCUUGAAAGUCCUGAGGCAUACAUCCCUGGCUUUAUGUCGAAAGCAUGAGUCAGAGGCUUUGGUCGGACUCCAGAAUUGGGCUGCAGUUACAUUUCGUGUUUUGUUUGUGGAAGAUGAUCAGGUUGGCCAAGGUGUAAGUACAGGCUCUGGGCAACUUUCAUGGAUGGAUGGACUUGUGUAUCAAGCUCAGGGCCACUAUGAAAAGGCUGCUGCACAUUUUUCACACUUGCUGCAGUCUGAGACGUCGUUAAGUUCCCUAGGUUCUGAUGGCAUCCAGUUUGUCAUUGCACGUGUCAUUGAGAGUUAUACAUCACUUUCAGAUUGGAAGUCUUUAGAGAUCUGGCUAACAGAACUUCAAGCACUUCGUGCUGUCCAUGCUGGCAGGACAUAUUCUGGUGCUCUCACUGCAGCGGGAAAUGAAUUAAAUGCAGUUCAUGCCUUAGCACGUUUUGAUGAAGGAGAUAUAAAUGCAGCAUGGGGCUACCUAGAUUUGACGCCUAAGAGCAGCAAUGAACUUACUCUUGAUCCCAAGAUAGCAUUAGAGAGGAGUGAGCAGAUGCUUUUAAGGUCUAUGCUCCAAAGGGAUUCUGGUGCAGAUAAGAUUGCAGAGGAUGUAAAGAAGGCCAGACUGAUGUUGGAUGAAGCCUUGUCUCUUGUUCCUCUGGAUGGAGUGUCUGAGGCUGCUGCUUGUGCCGUUCAGCUUCACUGUAUUUCUGCUUUAGAAGAAUCGUUGGGUGCUAAUGGUGUAAAUGGAUCUAAGCGGAUACUAGGUUCCUUAAACCAAGUCUUGAAUUAUCCAAUUAGAAGAAUUCGUCAAGACUGUAGCUUAUGGAUAAAGGUUUUCCGUGUUUAUCGCACUCUGAUGCCCACUUCUGCAGUGACUCCUCUUCUUUGUGAGAAACUUCUCAGUUUAUCUCGCAAGCAGAAGAAUUUUCUAUUGGCUGAUCGCAUGAACAAAUACCGUAGAGACCACCUUUUAAGAUAUUCUUCUGAUAAGCAUAAAGAAACUUUUUCUACGAACUUGGAGUAUGAGGGUAUCUUACUAAAGUAUGCGGAAGGUAAGCAUGAGGAGGCUUUGACAGAUAUCUGGUCACUGGUACGCUCUACUGUUCUGUCAUCAGGUACUUUUGCUUCUGACAUCAGUAACGUUCUGAAGGCUAAGGCAUGCUUGAAACUUUCCACUUGGUUGAGACAAGAGAAAUCAAAUAUUACUUUAGUAGAAGUUCUUUCAAAGAUACGCAAAAAUUUCAGUGGUGCAUUUGAUGGUUCUUUCACUGCACCGGAACUCCCAUUGAGCGAUAGUAACUUAUUCUCUGAUGCAUACUGGAAAAUGAUCCUUGAGGAGAUAGUGGGCACAACCACAAAAAUAUCUUGCAAGCUUUGCCCCACAAUGGGAAAGACAUGGCUUUCUUAUUCGUCUUGGUGUUUCAGUCAAGCAAAAAGUUCUUUUCCUCUUCAUGAAACGGUUCUGAAGUCAUGCUUGCUCUCCCCUGUACUUAAUCCAGAAGUAUCGUCUGACAGAUUCCAGUUGACAGAAGAAGAGAUGUCCAAAGUGAAAUCUAUAGUCAUGAGAGCUUUCCAUAACAGCACAUCAAUUGAAACUGUUGUAGAUGACGAAAGUCGCGGCUUAACUGUGCAUCCUAAAAGCGAAGCUCUUGUGAAUUCAUUAGUGCAGCAGACAGUUCAUCUGAUGCAAGCUGCAGCUGGAGCACCUGGUCUCGAAGCCUCCAAUGGCGAGUGCUCUUCUGCCGCACUUACUUCUCAAUUGCAGGUGCUUUUCUUUUCUAUGGAUGCAAACUUGAAGAAGAGUGACCUACUUCCUUUUGUUGAUGAGUUGAUUGGUGUUUGGUGGUCGUUAAGGCGAAGAAGGGUAGCACUAUUUGGGUACGCUGCUCAUGGCUAUUUCCAGUACCUUUCACAUUCAUCUUCCAAACUUGAUGAGAGUCACUCUUCUACUUUUCAUCCUGAUGCUAUUAAAAGGAAAGCUCCAAGCAGUUCUCUUCAGGCAAUGUUGUAUCUCCUACAUAUUCUUUUAAACUAUGGUGUUGAGUUAAAGGAAACAUUUGAAUGUGGUUUUGCAACUGUCCCUCUGUUGCCAUGGCAGGAAAUUACACCCCAGCUUUUUGCUCGGUUAAGUUCUCAUCCUAAAGAAGCUGUAAGAAAACAGUUGGAGGGACUAUUGAUGAUGCUGGCUAAGUUAUCGCCCUGGUCUAUUGUAUAUCCUUUAUUAGUUGAUAUAAAUGCUUAUGAAGGAGAACCCUCGGAGGAGCUUCAGCGAAUAUUAGCCUCGUUGGCCAAGCUUUACCCAAAGUUGAUUCAAGAUGUUCAGCUGGUAAUAAAUGGUUUAGGGAAAAUUACUGUUCUUUGGGAGGAACAAUGGUUGAACACACUUCAGGAUCUUCACGGUGAUGUCAUAAGGCGCAUACAUAUGCUAAAGGAGGAAGCUGCACGGAUUGCUGAAAAUCCAACUUUAAGUAAUACUGAAAAGAAGAAGAUCAAUGCAGCAAAAUACUCUGCUAUGAUGGCUCCAAUUAUCGUAGCAUUGGAACGUCGUUUAGCCUCAACUUCCCGUGAGCCUGAGACAGCUCAUGAGGCAUGGUUCUGCAAAGAGUAUGGCGACAAGCUGAAGUCUGCCAUCUUAGCUUUCAAAACUCCUCCAGGGUCUACAGUGGCACUAGGUGAUGUGUGGCGACCAUUUGAGAAGCCAUUUGUUUAUUUGAGUGAGGUGGCUCCACAACUGGCAUCACUUUCAUCUUCUGAAGUACCGAUGCCUGGUCUUGAGAAGCAGAUUUCAAUGCUUAAUUCUUCUGGGACUUCUGGUGAUGUUCAAGGCAUUAUCAGUAUCUCAUCUUUCUGCGAGCAUAUGACAAUCUUAUCGACAAAGACGAAGCCUAAGAAGCUUGUCUUACUGGGAUCGGAUGGUCAGAAGCACACAUACCUUCUUAAGGGCCAAGAAGAUCUACGUCUUGAUGCCCGGAUCAUGCAGUUGCUACAAGCAGUCAACAGUUUUCUUAAUUCAUGUAGUGAUACUCUUAGUCGAUCCCUUACAAUUCGUUACUACUCUGUAACACCAAUCAGUGGCCAGGCUGGACUUAUCCAGUGGGUUGACAAUGUAACUAGUUUGUAUAGUAUUUACAAGUCAUGGCAGAUACGUGUACAACUCGCAGCAGCUGGUGCUGGAAAUACAGACAGUCAUGCAUCACCUGUUCCCCGCCCGAGUGACAUGUUCUAUGGAAAAAUUAUACCAGCACUUAAAGAAAAAGGUAUUCGAAGAGUGAUCUCAAGAAGGGAUUGGCCUCACGAAGUCAAACGCAAGGUUCUUCUGGAUCUUAUGAAGGAAACCCCAAGACAACUACUUUGGCAGGAAAUGUGGUGCGCCAGCGAAGGGUUUAGAGGUUUUAGUUUGAAGACUAGAAGGUUUUCUAGUAGUGUAGCAGCCAUGAGCAUGGUAGGCCAUAUUCUGGGCCUAGGAGAUAGACAUUUGGAUAACAUUCUUAUGGACUUCUGCAGUGGCGAUGUAAUCCAUAUAGAUUACAAUGUUUGCUUUGAUAAAGGGAAGAGGCUGAAAAUCCCUGAAAUCGUCCCUUUUCGUCUUACUCAGAUAAUUGAGACGGCACUAGGAUUGACAGGAAUCGAAGGUUCUUUCAGGGCUAACUGUGAGGCAGUUAUUGAGAUUCUUCGCAAGAAUAAAGAUAUUCUCUUGAUGUUGUUGGAGGUAUUUGUCUGGGACCCCUUGGUGGAGUGGACACGGGGAGAUAACCAUGAUGAAGCAGCAAUAGGCGGUGAAGAGAAGAAAGGAAUGGAGCUUGCUGUCAGUCUUAGCUUAUUUGCCUCUCGAUUUCAAGAAAUCCGUAUUCCUCUGCAGGAGCAUCGUGAUCUUCUGGUAUCUACCUUACCGGCUGCUGAAUCUGCUCUCAGGAACUUCUUGGAUGUCCUAAAUCAGUAUGAAAUCAUAUCUACAAUUUUCUAUCACGCCGACAAAGAGAAAUCAAGUCUUCUGCAGCAUGAGGCAUCGGCAAAGUCAAUUGUUGCUGAGGCAACUGCUAUAUCAGAAAAAUCUAGGGUGGUCUUUGAAGCUCAGGCACAAGAAUUUGGACAAGCAAAAGCUGUGGCAGCCGAGAAAGCACAGGAAGCAACUAUUUGGGUGGAUCAACAUGGAAGGGUCCUUGAUGCAUUGCGGACUGGUUCCAUUCUAGAGGGCCAACUAUUCAUGAGAUUGAGUGGCAUGGAGGAGGUUUUAUCUCUUGCAUCUGCUGUUCUUGUGUCCGGUGUUCCAUUAACGGUUGUUCCUGAGCCGACACAAGAACAGUGCUCUGACAUAGAUAAGGAAGUUCAUCGUCUGAUUAUUGAGUUGGAUAAUGGUAUUUCUUCUGCUGUAGAAACACUUCGCGAGUAUGCCUUCUCAUUGCAAAGAGUUCUUCCUCAAAAUUACAUAACAACUAGCCCAAUCAACAGUUGGGCACAGAUUUUGCAGUUAUCAGUCAAUAACCUUUCAGGUGAUAUCCUUUCUCUUGCGAGAAGACAGGCUGCUGACCUUAUUGCAAAGGCCCAAGGUCAUGAUCUGGAUUCAAUUCAACAAAGGCAUUACGACCUUUUCCAAAGAAUGGAGAGAUACGCUGACCAUAUCCAGAAAAUUGAGGAUGAGUGCUCUGAAAUAAUGAGGUCUGUUGGAUCAGAUAUUGAGUCAAAAUCUAAAGGGCGCUUGCUCUCCGCUUUCACAGAGUAUAUGCAAUCUGCCAAGUAUUCAAGUAAAGAUGAUUUGUCCAUUGGUUUUUCAGGCCAACAAAAAUAUGAGGCGACAACAGAUUCUAGACUAAGGGAGUUGGAUAUGAAAAAAAUGAUGGUUUUACUUGCACCACAUAUGGCUGCAAAUGAGCUGUACAAGGAGGUUAAAGAUAAAGUGCUCAACAUGUCCAACAUUUCCACUGAGAAAGUUGGUUGGGCAGCAGGAGAUAUGGGUCUCCAACAUGAUUCUAGUAAUUCAUUUCACGAGUUCGGAGAGCAAAUUGAGAAAUGUGUCCUAGUUGCGGGAUUUUUGAAUGAAGUUCAGGAAUUGAUUGGCACAGACUUAGCUAGCACCAGUAUUUCUUCAGACAAUAUAAAGCAGAGGUAUGAAGGAAUCUGGAUUUCCAUUUUUCAGGCUAGUCUGCAUUCCUGUAAGCACUUGGUUGAACAGAUGACUGACAUUGUUCUCCCGGAGAUAAUUAGAUCAGUUAUCGCUUACAACUCUGAAGCGAUGGAUGCUUUUGGAAUCCUUUCACAGAUGCGCGGUUCUGUUGAUACGGCAAUUGAAAAACUUGUUGAGGUGGAGCUAGAGAAAGCAUCCUUGAUCGAGCUUGAGAAAACGUAUUUCACGAAAGUUGCAUUCAUCACAGAGCAGCAACUAGCCCUUGAAGCAGCUUCUGCAAAUGGCAGGGAUAAUUUAUCUUGGGAAGAAGCUGAAGAACUAGCAUCCCAAGAAGAAGCUUGUAGAGCACAAUUGGACCAACUUCAUCAGUCCUGGAACCAGAAAGAUGUGCGGAGUACUUCUCUAGCAAAGAUCGAAUCUAAUAUUAGAAGUUCGCUAAUUUCUUCUGAACAAUAUUUUUCAUCUUUAAUAGACGAUAGAAAGGAGGGGGAUAUACACAUUAAGAGCAGUGGGACCCUUCUUUCUUCCUUGGUAAAGCCUUUCUCUGACAUGGAAUCGGUCGAUCAGAUGCUAUCUGCAGAUGCUAACCUUUCUUCCUACUUAAAUGAGUCUGCAUUUAGCUUGUCAGAUCUCAUAUCAUCUGGUUCUUCCCUAUCCGAAUCCAUGUGGGGGUUUGCGAAAUUAUUGAAAAACCAGUCUUUUUUUAUCUGGAAAAUUGGUAUUCUGGACUCCAUUUUGGACUUGUGUAUACAUGAUAUAUCAUCUUCAAUUGAUCAAAAUUUUGGUUUUGAGCAGCUAUACAGUGUUCUUAAGAAGAAGCUUGAGAUUCAUCUAAAGGAAUGUGUUGGCCACUACUUGAAAAGAAGAGUUGCUCCUGCUCUCAUAUUACAACUUGAGAGAGAGAAUGAGAAUUUGCAGCAAAUGCUCGAAGGAAGCAAGGACUUUGUUUCUGACCAGGUAAAAUUGGAUAAGGGAGCAACGAAAAGAGUUCAGUUUAUGCUUGAAGAGUAUUGUAAUGCUCAUGAGACUGCAAAGGCUGCUAGAUCAGCGAUUUCAGUUAUGCAAAGGCAAGUAAGUGAGCUCACUGUGGCACUAUGCAAGACAGUUUUGGAGAUUGUUCAGAUGGAGUGGCUGCAUGAUGCUUCUUUGCCCCAUCUAUUGGAGAGCAUAGAGUUGCCUCAAACUAGUCUUGAGAAUGACAAAAUUUCUCCACUACUUUUAAACCUUAGCAGAACGCGGUUAUUGGAAAAGUUACAGUCAUCAAUGUCAUCUGUUGUGAAGUCAUUAGAGUACCUGCAAACAUGUGAAAGGACUUCUGUAUCAGCAGAAGGACAACUUGAAAGAGCCAUGGGAUGGGCCUGUGGAGGCCCAAAUACUUCUGCACUAGGCCAUUCUUUACUCAAAAGUGCAGGAAUCCCCUCUGAAUUCCAUGAUCAUCUGCUGAGGAGGAAGCAAUUACUGCAGGCAGUUAGAGAACAAGCAAGUGAUGUUAUCAAAAUUUGCACAUCUGUGAUGGAGUUUGAAGCAUCUAGGGAUGGUCUGUUCCGGAUGCCUGAGGAGAAGUCUACUGGUCGACCUAUGGGAGAUGGCAGAGCAUGGCAACAAGCUUACCUGUCUGCUCUGACAAGACUAGAUGCUGCUUAUCAUUCUUUUACAUGUGCUGAACAAGAGUGGAAGCUAGCGCAGAACAAAAUGGAAGCCGCAGCCAGUGUAUUGUUUUCUGCAACCAAUGAACUCAGUGUUGCCUCUACGAAGGCAAAGUCAGCAUCAGGUGAUCUGCAAAACACCCUUGUAGCAAUGCGUGACCGGGCAUAUGAAGCUAGUUUGGCUUUAUCUGCUUUUGGUCGUGUAUCAAAAGGUCACACAGCUUUGACUUCUGAAUGUGGAACCAUGCUGGAGGAGAUCCUGGCUAUAGCAGAUGGUUUACAUGAUGUUUAUAGUUUGGGCAAGGAAGCUGCUGCAGCACAUAGUGGUCUUAUGGAAGAUCUCUCUAAGGUAAAUAAGAUUUUACUUCCACUCGAAGCUGCACUGUCCACUGAUGUAGCUGCCAUUGCCAUGGCAAUACCCAAGGAUAGAGAAAUUAAUGCAGAUAUUCCUCCUCUUCAUGGACAAGCACUCUGCAAGUCCUAUUGCUCAAGGAUUCGGGAGGCUUGUCAAUCUUUGACGCCAUUGGUACCUUCUGUCAUCAACUAUGUGAAGGAAUUGCACUCCAUGUUGACCAAGCUUGCACGUUCUUCAAGUAUGCAUGCAGGAAAUCUCCAUAAAGCACUUGAAGGCCUUGGCGAAAGCCAGGUAAAACAGUCUCAGGAUCUUUCUCUUUCGAGGGCUGAAUUCUCAGAUGGCGCAGUUCUAUCUGAGAAUAAGGAGAAGAGGUUCCUUGGAACCAAUACUGGUAGCCUUGAGGACUUAACAACUGAUGAAAAUUUUUCCCUGCAAGAUGAGGAAUGGAUUUCUCCUCCAGAGCACACGUUUACUAGCAGCUUAGAAUCUAGCACCAGUUCGGUUGAUGAAAGUUUACCACAGAUCUCCAACAGCACAGAGAAGGUACACGAUAACAUUGAUUUUGAAGGUGAUGAUAAGUGUGUUUCUAUUACAGAUAUCAAUGGAGUAGAAAAUGCAUGUAUUGUGAGAUCUGAAUCUGAAUCUUUGAGAGAUGCGGUCUCCACCAAUAUUUCUCCUGCCUCAGUUCCAUCUGAUCCUAGUGAAGGCUUGCAAUCCUUGUUGUUACCAGAAGUAGUGGAAAAGGAAAAGCCUGAAGAGGCAAAACUGUUGGAUAUGAAUGACUUGGGCUCUUCGAGGGUGACCAAGGGAUAUGGUCAUAGUCAUGUUGAACCUUCUUCCUUUUUGGAUCCUCUGAGCCGAAACACUAGGGGUAAAAACCCUUAUGCUUCAUCGGUCUUGAGGCGAGUUGAGCUGAAACUUGAUGGAAGAGAUACUGAGAACACGAGUUCCAUGGAAAUUGCUGAACAGGUGGAUCGUCUCCUUAAGGAGGCUACAAGCAUAGACAAUUUAUGUAACAUGUAUGAAGGGUGGACACCAUGGAUAUGACUCAAUUUCUGGGAUUUUUGAGCUACCUGCAAUGUAUUCAUCAGAUGGAUCUCAAAGACUAGGGUGACUUAGAUGGUCAUGCUGUGUGCAACAUGACCUGAUCAAUGCUUUCAUGAACCUGCUGGUAUAGGCGUUUUUCAGUGAUCUGGCCCUCAGGACUUUUAAGUGCCUGAGAUGAUUCAUCCUGAUCCGUAUGUUACCUGAUAGCAAUGCAACAUAGAAAAUGAUAGGAAUGGACAAGGAAGCAGUUUCUUGCAAAACGGAACGGAUCCCAUACAGUAUUUAGCAGGGUUUUGGAGAGUAACACAACAAUGCACUGCAUUACUGUAAUUCCCAAACUCUCAUGCUCUAAAAGAUGCAGAGUGACAGCUUAAGUUGGCAGCCAUAUUGCAUCAAAGCGUUUGACUGCAUAUGUCUUGCAAGUAAAUAGUUGCUCGGGGUCGAGGGUGGCUGACACAGGAGUAGAGGAGCCUCAAGUGCCGGGGUAUAAUUGAUUUCUAAGCUACCUAAAACUGGUAUUGUAGUGUUGAAUCGAGGAAUUAAUAUAUAGUGUGGAGAUGCGUAUGUGUAUUUUUUCUAUGUUGUAUUCUGACUGCUCCUUGUAUGUAAAGUGACAUGUUAAGAGCCUGCUUACAUGUCACAAGUUUUAAGGGGUUUGUAUUUUUUUCUGUAAAUUGUGUAUCUCAUGCAUCUUUAUCAAGUGUGAUUCUUGAUCAAUC